CUGAAACCACAACGACUCCCGAACCUGAAACCACCACGACUCCCAGACCUACCACAUAUCCUCCCCCCAUCACCACUACUAAACGUCCGUGGUGGUGCUUCUGGUGUUGAGUAAACAGCUGAAUAAAACAUUAUAAUCGAUUACAAUCCAUUAUGUACACUAAAAUAUAUUAAAUAUAUUUCAAAUAGGAAAAAAUAAAUGUUACAUUGGAUAUAAUUUUAUUCCAUUCCAUGGGAAAUCGACGACUAAAUGGACCAACAUCUUGAAUUUUGUGCAAAUAGGAUGUUGGUCCGAAUCGAAUUUCUUAAAAAUGAAAGAAAGUUUUUCUUAAGAUUUCGCAACGGUUGUUAAGCCUGUCGAUCUUUUCAGAAUGUAAAAUUGUCCACAAAAAUUAUUUCUCAAAUCCUCGGCCAGAAAUGAAGCAUAUUUUGUGAAAUAACAUAUAGGAAAAACUUCUAUUAUUUCUGAGAAAGAAAUUCCUAAUAUUCCGAAAUUCGAAAUAUCGAUUACCAAAUGAACGUUUCUCCAAUACUCACUAUAUUCAGACAUAAGUUUCGAAUAAUUUUAAUCAUUUAGAUUUUUAAUUAUUUUGUAAUGUACAGUAUUGUCAAGAUGAACAUUCGUACAAUUUGUAAAAUUCAUUUGUAAAAGCAUUUGUAUGCCGAUUUACUUUAAAUGAAAUACCCAAAAACAUUUUUAUACUGAUUUUCAUUUAAAUGAAAAAGAGUCGGUCACAUUGACCCCGCCAUUUCGCCGUUCUCGACACGACCGUGUCACCGACAGGCACUCCAAUUUUUAAGAUGACUUUAUAACAAAUGUAACUUUGAUCGUCUGUACGAUCAAAAAUAUAGAGUGUAGCGUAAUUUCCUUUAUACAUUUCUAUAGAGGAAUACCUCCUCUACGAAAUGCCAAUGUCAACAAUUCUAAAUUACAACUUUCUUUUUUCCACUGUGCGAUGUUCGGAGAUUGCUCGAGUCGACGCGCUUCGCAGCUUCAUCGUCAUCGCCACCGUACCGCGUACCGAUGCACCGAUACCCCGCCACCGAAAUCUUACUUUUUGCUCACAAUCAGUUCUAAUCGACCAGCGUUGGCACAACUGUCGAUCCCGCAAUACAGAACCAAACACUUUGGAACAGGAACAGUUUGUCACGAAGAAUCGAAAAAUUGGUUUCACCCUGAUGCAGUCACCGUUCACGAUGCAAGGAGAAACGUAUUCAGACAUCUCGAUCACGGUAUCCGCUUUCUACCUGAAGUUCGUUGGUAUGUGGUUGGUAGAAAACGAUGAGGAUUUACUUCGGAGGAGGAUCGCUGUAUGCUGUACUAUUUUUUCGACUGUGCUCACUAUGUCUUGCGAGGUCAGAGAUUUGUAUUUUUCCUGGGGCGACUUCAACAAUGCUAUUUACGUUGCCACUAACAAUGUAAGCGUUGCACUGAUCCUGCUUAAGGUUUAUGUCAUCAUGGCGAACAAAAUAGAAUUCAAUGAAUUGAUUGUAUUCAUGAGAGACCAUUUCUGGAGAAAUGAUUAUGACUGCUAUGAGAAAAAGAUCUUGGCCAAUACCAGUAAGACAUGUACUUCAAUGGUCGCUGUGAAUGUCUUUGGCGCGCACGCUAUUGUUACGAUUCAGUCUUCGACACCAAUCUUUAUCAAUAUGGGAAAAAAUGAAACUGACAGAGUCCAUCCAUUCAACAUGUGGCUUGGUCCUUUUUCAGCGUCAACUCCCUACUACGAAAUGUUGUACAUCAUCCAGGUGAUAGUCUAUUAUCACAUUGCCGUGUGUUUCUUUUGUUUCGACAACAUUUUCUGCAUUGUGAAUAUGCAUGUCUCUGCUCAGUUUCGUAUAGUUCAGUACAGGCUGGUGAAACUGCAUAACACAGAAGAGAAAAUGAAGGAUAGGAAUGCGAAUAUAACUGUUGCCAUGAAUUCUUCUAAAUGUUAUGAAAAAUUGAAGAGCUGCAUUCGACAUCACCAGAAUCUUAUUCGUUAUUGCACGAAGAUCGAGAAAGUGUUCACGUUAAUUGUACUCGGAGAAAUGACACUCGUCAGUGGACUAAUUUGUCUUUACGGGUACCAAGUAUUUUUGGCAAAAGCAAACGCGAUGAGACGUUGGACGUUCGGCUUGCUCAUGAUAGGCACAACGAUGGUACUACUGAUGUUCAUAUACUCUUGCCAUGGCCUGAUGGAACAAAGUCACAAUGUCGGAAAUGCAGCGUAUUCGACGCCAUGGACGCUUAUGCCGAUGAACAAACUUGGCAGAAAUCUGCGAAACGAUUUGAUGAUGGUUUCCGUGCGAUCGAGACGUGUUUGUUGCUUGACAGCGAAUGGAUUCUUCCCAAUAUCGCUAGAAACUUACACCAAAAUUAUGAGUACCGCGGUAUCAUACUUUACGUUAUUGAGAGGCCGGACAGAAGAUAUGUUGAAGGACUAACUGCAAUGUAUGUAGAACACUUUAUUAAUAUAUUGCACAAAAUAUGUAUGUAAGUGAACGUGAAACUCCGUCAUCAUUGUUCUUCGUGGUUCGACACACGAACAAUUAUAACUGAAGAAAGAGAGAGAAACAAAACAAACGUAGUUAAUUUUUUUAUUUACGUGGAGAAGUGCAUUUACGGCCACCUCAGAAGGAGGUGCUGUUAUGUAUGCUACCCACUAAAACUACCGGUUAGCAAUGUUGUUGACACUGUUCUUCUGUGCAGCUUGAAUUUUCUUUUUUUUCUUUAUAAUCGUGUGCCUCAAAGAGUUAACGCUAUUCACUCGCGCCAACGAAUAAUCCAAUCUCCGAAAUACUUUUGUGGGGGUAGGUGCCUGUGGAGGGAGAGCGAAAAACUUUAAAUAAAAUGGUAAAGCUCA